AUGUACCGACGCCCGCCCGCCUACAUUAGCUAUUGUUGGUGCCUAAUCAAAAGAAAUGGGAGUCUUGGACCUGUCCUGGGACCAGCUGAAAGUCUGCUCUGGAUCGAUAUAAGUUUCCUGCUGUGUUCUGGAGUGGUGCCAUCUUUGUUCAAUCCUACAUACACACAUACAAUCGGCCGUACCAUCGACAUGAACGACCCGGGCCCCGAUGAUCAAAUCCAAGAGAACGCACGCGACGUAGCCCGGAAAUAUCACGAGAACCACACUCAAGGGCGGCGGCAGCAACAGCACCAACAACACCAACAGCGUCACCGCAAUAGCGGACACAAGCACGACAAGGCUAAUAGCGGUAGCUCCCGGGAUGAAGAGGCCGACCGGGCAAAACAAUUUGAAGAGGGGAUGUUGGAGGACGGGAAUGUUGUGAAGGGAUUUACUGAGCCGGGUCUUUGGUGGAUCACGUCCACUGUUUUCCCACUGGUUGCGGGUGCGUUUGGUCCGUUGGCUAAUUUGGCGUCCGUUUGUGCGCUGGUGCAGACCUGGAGGGUUUAUGUGCCCCCCGGGGCGUCGGAGAUACACGGUGACCGAGUAGCAGAUCCGGCUUGGCUCCUCGGGAUAAAUGCAGUAUCAUUGGUUAUGGCUGUGAUUGCAAACAUCUUUAUUCUUAUGACUUUUGCGCAGCGAAUACGAUACCGGGUAUCAUUGCCUUUUACUAUAACCCUCUGGUAUAUCUCCUCAAUACUCCUAAUCGGUCUAGUAAUAGCUGCAACCAAACUCCUCCAAGAGGACGCCGGUAAAUCCUUUGCCUUCUCUCAAUCCUACUACUACGGAACCAUGGCCGCCGUACUGUACUUUAUCAUUGCGACCCUCCUCUUCACCAAUUACUUCAACAGCACCAUCAAGAGGCGCUACCCCCCAUCAUUCAGAGUGCUCACAAUCCCGCAGCGCACUUUAAUGCUGCAGACCACAUCUUUGAUGUUCUACCUUGGCCUCGGUGCACUGGUUUUCUCAAAGCUCGAGAGCUGGGAGUACGUAGAUACAAUAUACUGGGCAGACUACACACUCCUUACAGUCGGCCUGGGAUCAGACUACCCGCUGCAACACACCGCCUCAAAGAUCAUACUGAUUCCAUAUGCGGUAGGCGGCAUCAUUGUGCUGGGUCUCGUAGUCAGUAGCGUUAGGGGUAUGGUGCUGGAGCGCGGAAAGAUCAAGAUGAACCGCAGAGCGAUCCAAAAGCAGCGGGAGAAGUGGUUGAAGGAGCUUGAGGCGAAAAAGAAGGAUAAUGAUACCCGGUCUGCAAACGAGUUGAUUAAGGAAGAUUUCGAGAUCAUGCGGAAGAUUGAGAGAGCCGCAGAGUCGAAGGGAAAGUGGAUGGCGCUGGUAACAUCGUCGAUGGCGUUCUUGCUGGUAUGGCUGGGUGGAGCCAUGGUUUUUACAUUCUCAGAGCGCACCCAACACUGGACAUACUUCGACUCUCUAUUCUUCUCCUACACCUCCCUCCUUACAAUCGGCUAUGGCGACUACUACCCCCAAUCCAACUCCGGCAAGCCCUUCUUCGUAAUCUGGUCCGUCAUCGCCGUCCCCACAAUGACCAUCCUCAUCUCCAACAUGAGCGACACCGUCGUCCGCGGCGUGCGCGAUGGCACCCUCUGGAUCGGGCAGAAAACUGUCCUCCCCGACGCGAAGAACCCGACGCCCUCCGAGCAGCGCGAGCAGACCGACAAUGCCAUUGAGCAGGUGCGCGACGGGAUCCCGUGCUCGCCGAAACAGGUACAGGAGAGCAUCGCGGCGCAGAUAAGAGUGAUAUCGGGACAUCUGGGAUUUGAGCCACCAAAGAGGUACACGUUCGAUGAGUGGAUCGAGUUUUUGGAGCUACUGGAGCUGAGGUGGGAGAGCGAAGGGUGGAGCUGGUUGAGCGAGGAUGGACCGCUGAUGAGUGGGUUGACGGAGACGGAGUGGGUGCUGGGGGAACUGUGUAGAAAGUUGGAAAAGGCGCUGUCCGCUUGA